UGCUUCAACACUCCGCAUCCUUUUUGAGAUUGCUUGUAUGCAUCGCUGAGGCUGCUGUGCAUGCGAGGGUCGUGCGCUAGGGCACCUCGGGAUGUGGCCGGUGGUCUGGUCUUGUUUCUUAAACACAUUACAAAGAGCCUAGCGAAAAAAAUUGCGUCCAGGUUGUUCACCAUUUGGAUGGAAUUGGGGUGGAAUUAAUCUGAAACACCCCGUGCGGGAGUUUUUCAAUUGCAAUAUGCCGUGGGUGUUUUUGUUUCGGGGAAUGUCAGUGUGGGGAGAAUAUGUUAGAGCUCAUGCAGGUUUAGGAGAGUAGUGGGUUUCAUUUCGCUUGCGGAAAGCUUUUUGGACGGGAUUAGCUUUUGAUAGCAGCAGACGGAGCACGAGAUUUUUCCAAGAUGGUGUGGACCGUUUUCGCGGAGUUUUGAUGUUAAGGUUUCGAAUGGUUGGCAAAUGAUUCAAUAAAUGUUCUGGGUUUUCUUAAAUUUUUGGUCUGGGAGGAAUCAGAAAUCGGAUUUUCAUUCACAUGGGUUUAAUAGCAUUUUCUCAUGAAGGGAAUGCGUGUGGGGCACAUUUUAGGUCGGGAAGAAGUCAGUCUGUUUCCGGAAGCUUAAGGUCAGGGUUCCUACAGCAACCGAAGCUUGAGACUUCAUGUGGGCAUUUUAGACGUCAGUAGAUUGGAGCCCGCAUGAAGUCGCGUCUUUCCGUUCUGAUUGAAUUAAUCAGAGGAAGGAUCGUCUGUCUGCAGAAGUAUGCAGGUUAGAUUGACCUAGAAAGAGUUAUUAUCUGGGAAGUUCCAGGGCCGGAUGAUCACGCACCUGACUCAUUGACGUUUGUUCUGCAAUUAUUUGUCCCCUGAAAAGGGCAAUACUUAGUUUUGGUCUUGGAGCUGUACCUGGGAAUGCGGGGUUGUUUGGCAGAUCACAGAGAAUCUGAUUCUAUUUGGUUCCGCUUAUUUCUUCUUAGAGUAUAACUGGCAUGGCUUCCACUGGCGACAGCUUGUUUCGUUUGCUUACGGUAGCUCCAAGAUCUCGAGAAUUGUCUGGAACAGUCGAUCUCAUAUCUCACUAUCAACUGAGGGAGCCAUUUGAAGCGAUUUGCAAGAAGCCUUUGCCAACAUCGAUUUCCGACUCUAAGUAUUUGAGUAAUGUAGUUGGAGACAGUGAAAUUCGAAGGGGAGAUGAUAUGGAGCUUGGUCAACUCAUACAGGGACCCGCUGGAUCCUCGAUGCCUUCAGAUCGCGUGCCCUUUCAGCCUUUUGAUAUUGAAGUGCUACGAAGGGCUUUCGCUUUAAAAGAAUCGGGCCCAAUAUCUUUACCAGAGUCUGAAAGAGGAUUACCCAUCAUCCGUUCCAAGAGCAAGCAUCAAGAUGAUGAAAAGAAGAAGAGGAAGCAUAAGCACCGCAGCAAAGACAGGGAUAAAGACAAAGACAAGGAAAGGAAGAAAGAUAGGGAUAAAGACAAGAAAAGAGACAAGGACAAAGACAAAGAUCGGAGCAAAGGAGAGAAUGGCGAGAAGAAGCAUAAGAAAAAGAAGAGGAGACACGAUGGGGAAGAUGGUGACGACGGGCAUAAGCACAAAUCUAAGAAGCACAAACACUCUUCUAAGGUGGAAGGACAGACUGUUUUGAUCAAAAACGGGAAAUGAAAGGGGUGUGAUGUUAUUCCUUGUGAAGAUUUUGCGUGGAGUUCCCUACACUCUUGCACAGAACUUACAGACAGAACGUGGGGGUGGAAUAGUUCCUGAUUCAAGAACCUGGAUGCCGUUUUUCGGUUUUUGGCAUAGGGGUCGGUGGAAAUGUGGAACGCUUAACAAGCUGUGUUUGUGAUGUGGCAUCAACUGGUUUCAGAGUGUUCAAACGGCUUGUACUAUAUUCUCAGUUGUGAUUACAGAGUUUGACGCUGUAGGAGGUCCUUUGUCAGGAGUGCACAUUCGCAUUCAGGAUUCUUUUACUUGCAAGAUAUGAGUCUUAGUGAUGACAACCCUAAACCUGGUAGCCUCUUCAACCCAAAUUGUGAGGUUGAAGCACUCUGUUAGAGGGCACCCUUGAUGUGUCCAUGUAAUUUAUAUGAGCUUGUUUUGGCAAAUGAAUCACUGCCAGUACGAGGUGUGCUUCUGCUGGACUUCCGCUGUAGGAUCAAAUAUCAAUAUUCUUUGAUAUUCUAGGGAAGAGUUUUGUUUGCAUUCCA